AUGGCCUCCGCCUGCGUCAACAACAUCGAGGUAACCCCUGUCGCCUCUUCAGCAGCAGGCGAGGGACACCAGCUUCCGGAUCCGGAUCCAGAGCUGUUCGGCGGGGACUUCGAGUUCUGCCUCGAAGAUCCGGUGGCAAUGCUGCCCGCUGACGAGCUCUUCUCCAAAGGAAAAUUCGUGCCCCUCCAGGUGUCACUGUUGAAGCCCUCUGUUAAGGCCGUGACCUCGAUGAAGCCAGUUGAGGGAGCUCCUAGGCUUGAAGAAGCAGUCUCAGAAGCAAAUGCCAAGGCCCCCGCCGAGUCCACUGCAUCUUGUAGGAACUCGAUGUCGUCUUCAUUUUCGAACUCGAAAUCCUUCAAGAAUUUCCUCAACAGAGGCUCCAACGCCUCGAGCUCCUCGGAUUCCUCCCUCAACAUGCCCCUUCUCAAGGACUUGGAUUCCGAUUUCGUCAUGAUCUACUCCCGCUUGUCGCUGUCCUCUUCGUCUUUCGGAAGCCACGAGCACGAAGAAGUGUUCUGA